AUGUUUCGCACCCUCUCGGCGAAUGAGGAUGCGAGCGAGAUGUUAACUCACAGCCAUGUUAGCGUGUACAAUCUGCGGGUCAAGGUGGCAGAGCCUGGCACCAUCAUUACGCCUCCCUCAUCAUCUCCGCGCCGACAGAUAAGCGCAGCCUCGAGCCACCGGAGCGAGUCGGACGACGAUGUAGGCGAUGCCUCUGACUACGAAUCUGGGGACUUCGGUCGCAGUACCUCCGCCGCAGUGCAUUUCGACCCUCAUCAGUGUCUCUUUUGCAGCACAAGAAGCACCAGUUUAUGCGACAGCUUACAGCACAUGACAAAGACGCACAGCUUCACAAUACCAAACCAAAAAUACCUCACCGUCGACGUCGAGACGGUUGUCGCAUAUAUGCAUUUAGUCAUUCAUGGAUACCGUGAAUGCAUCCAAUGUGGAUGCCGACGGCGGACAGUGGAAGGCAUUCAGCACCACAUGGCGGCGAAAGGGCACUGCCGCUUCGACAUUGCCGCCGACAUGGAAGAGUUCUACAAUAUCCCUUGUCAAAAUUACACAGCCGACGCCGAGACUUUGCUUUUACCGUCUGGCAGAUUUGUCAGAAAUCCUACAAAGGCCUGUGGACCUUUACUCUCGCGGACGCCUCGCCCCUCGACAAGACGGCGGCGCAUGGCGCUGACAGCACUGUCGAGCUCCAAGUCGGCACCCAGAUCUCAUUCCCCAGCUCAUAGUAAUAGCGACGCGCAACUGUCGUCGGAUACCCAACUUUCACGGUUAGGCCAGGGAGAUCAGCGAAAUCUGGCGCACCUAAGAGACUACCAAGUUCGCUCGUUGAUAACGACUGGCGCCAGGGCGGUUGACGGGGCGAGACGGGAAGCCAAGCAUUCAGAGCUAAAGCUUUCCAAAGCUGGAAAUGUGACACUGAUGGGGACGUUUAGAGCCGACACGUCGAAGCGAUUUAGGGGUCCUUGGGGUUAG